CGGCGCCGCGGUAGCUGGCUCCAGGUUGUGGUGUCCUAGGAACCGCGACGGUUUCUGCCUUCGGGGCCGUGGGGGCGGCAACGCUUAGCUGACCCCUGCGGCAGCCCGUAGCUUCCAGUUAGGCACCAGAUAAGGGCGGGGGCUGUUGCUUUCGCGGUGGGUUCGGAGGAGCGCAAGUGACCUCGCUGCAGGUUCCUUGUGCCGGCCGCGCUGGGUGGAGGAAGCCGAGGAAGGAGUAGUGCAAGCAGCUACUCGGGUCUUCUGGGCCUGUGGCCUUGAAGUUCAUGAGACCUUCGGAGGAGCUCCACCUCUGAGGUGGCCGCGGGAGUUCACGUCCUCGGGUGUGUGAGAAACAGCCUAGGAUCUCGGGGGAGCGCAAAGACGGCCAUAAGGACUUCGUUCCUUCUCCAGAGGCCUGGCUUCGCAGCGUCUAUUAACUCCGUUUUCCUUCUCACCACUUCUCGAUGUUUUCUUCAUAUAUCUGGAAAUAUGAUCAGCGCCCCUGACGUAGUGGCCUUCACCAAAGAGGAUGAGUACGAGGAAGAGCCUUAUAAUGAGCCGGCCCUGCCCGAGGAGUACUCUGUGCCCCUCUUUCCCUUCGCCAGCCAGGGUGCCAACCCAUGGUCCAAACUGUCUGGGGCCAAGUUUUCCAGGGACUUCAUUCUUAUUUCCGAGUUCUCUGAGCAGGUGGGACCCCAGCCGUUACUGACCAUCCCCAAUGACACCAAAGUUUUUGGCACUUUUGAUCUCAAUUAUUUCUCUCUACGUAUCAUGUCUGUGGAUUACCAGGCUUCCUUUGUGGGCCAUCCUCCUGGUUCUGCAUACCCAAAGCUGAACUUCGUAGAGGAUUCCAAGGUGGUGCUGGGAGACUCCAAGGAGGGAGCUUUUGCAUAUGUGCACCACCUUACUCUGUAUGACCUGGAGGCCCGUGGCUUCGUAAGGCCCUUUUGCAUGGCAUAUAUUUCAGCAGACCAGCAUAAAAUCAUGCAGCAGUUCCAGGAGCUUUCCUCUGAAUUUUCCAAAGCUUCUGAAUGCCUGAAGACUGGCAACAGGAAGGCAUUUGCUGGGGAACUUGAAAAAAAGCUGAAAGACUUGGAUUACACCAGAACAGUGCUGCACACAGAAACAGAGAUCCAGAAGAAAGCCAAUGACAAAGGCUUCUACUCAUCUCAGGCAAUUGAGAAAGCCAAUGAACUGGCCAGUGUGGAGAAGUCCAUUAUUGAACAUCAAGACUUGCUGAAGCAGAUCCGCUCAUACCCUCACCGGAAGUUGAAGGGGUCUGAUCUAUGUCCUGGGGAGGGACUUACCCAAGAUCAGGCUGACCGGGCAUCUACUACCUCUAACCCUGAUGAAUCUGCCAGCACAGACCUUUACACCUGCAGACCAACAUAUACCCCAAAACUCAUCAAAGCAAAGUCCACCAAGUGUUUUGACAAGAAGUUGAAGACCUUAGAGGAACUUUGUGACACUGAAUAUUUCACCCAGACCCUGGCCCAGCUCAGCCACAUUGAGCACAUGUUCAGAGGAGACUUGUGUUACCUCCUGACCAGUCAGAUUGACAGAGCACUUUUAAAACAACAGCACAUAACAAACUUCCUCUUUGAAGACUUUGUGGAGGUUGAUGAUAGAAUGUUGGAGAAACAAGAGAGCAUACCCACUAAGCCCAGUCAAGACAGGCUGCCUUCCAGGUCUCUGGAAGAAUGCCCCAUUCCUAAAGUGUUAAUUAGUGUUGGUUCUUACAAGUCCAGUGUAGAAUCUGUGUUGAUCAAGAUGGAGCAGGAACUUGGGGAUGAAGAGGAAGUGCAGGUGACAGAAUUGAGCAGUUUUGAUCCACAGGAAAACUUGGACUACCUGGAUAUGGAUAUGAAAGGGAGUAUCAGCAGUGGUGAAAGCAUCGAGGUUCUGGGCACAGAGAAAUCUGCCUUUGUGCUGCCUAUGUCUGACAGUCAGGCCAGCCUCACAGUACCAUUGAGCCCCCAGGUGGUCCGAAGCAAAGCAGUUAGUCAUAGGACCAUCAGUGAGGACAGUAUUGAAGUCCUUAGCACCUGCCCCUCAGAGGCCCUCAUCCCUGAUGAUUUUAAGGCCAGCUACCCAAGUGCCAUUAAUGAAGAAUCAUAUGCAGAUGAUAAUGAGGAAGCCAUCCACUUCCAGGCAAGCAUCAGUCCUCCGGAGCUGGGUGAGGCAGAGGAAGGCAGCUUAGAAAACACCCAGUCACAAGUAGACUCCUGCUGUAUUGGGAAGGAGAGCGAGGGUCAGCUGGUGUCACUUCCUGCCCCAGCUCACGCACUCUCUGAUGAGGACAGAGUGGUGAGCAUCCCCCCACAGCGCCAUAGGCAGAAGGACCAGGGGUUCCAUGGGGACUUUUCAGUGGAAAACCCUUCUUCCCAAGACAACAAUUGCGAAGGGUUCCCUGCUUAUGAAGUGGACCCAAGCCACAUGCUGGCUAACCGGGAUGUCAGCAAGACUAGCCUGGACAACUACUCCGACACCAGCCACAUGAGCAGUGUAGCCUCCACCAGCUCAGACCGGAUUCCCUCCACUCAUCCUGCUGGCCUGUCUUCUGAAAGGCAUAAAAAGAGGGCUGGCCAGAAUGCCUUAAAAUUCAUCCGCCAGUACCCGUUUGCACACCCAGCUAUCUACUCCCUGCUCAGUGGGAGGACACUUGUUGUUCUGGGAGAAGACGAGGCCAUAGUCAGGAAGCUUGUGACAGCACUAUCCAUCUUUGUCCCCAACUAUGGCUGCUAUGCCAAGCCUGUGAAGCACUGGGCCUCCUCCCCUUUGCACAUUAUGGAUUUUCAGAAGUGGAAGCUUAUUGGCCUACAAAGAGUGGCCUCCCCUGCUGGUGCCGGCACCCUCCACACCCUGAGCCGCUAUAGCCGCUACACGAGCAUCUUGGACCUGGACAACAAAACCCUGCGCUGCCCCCUCUAUAGAGGCGCCCUGGUGCCCCGCUUGGCGGACCACCGCACCCAGAUCAAGAGAGGCAGCACCUACUACCUGCAUGUGCAGAGUGUGCUUGCCCAGCUCUGCUCCAAGGCCUUCCUGUAUACCUUCUGCCACCACCUGCACCUGCCCUCCCAUGACAAGGAGGCCAUGCAGCUGCUGGCCAGCCGCCAGGCCAGCUUCCUGAGGUUGACCCUGGGCCUGGUGAAUGAGGAUGUCAGGGUGGUGCAGUACCUGGCUGAGCUGCUAAAACUGCACUACAUGCAGGAGGCUCCUGGGACCAGCCACCCUGUGCUCAGGUGUGACUAUGUCCCCAGCUUUUUGUACAAAAUCUGAAGUUGGUCUCAGCCACUGUGACCAAGGCCUGUGACUCAGGGUACGGGGAGAGGAGGGCUUGGCAUGACCAAACUGUUGGCUUGAGCUGGGCUAUUUAGGCUUCUGGUAUCUGGCAGCUGUGGUUCCAAGGUGGCUCCCUGUGAAGGUAUCUGGAAAGACAGUGACGGUUGUUUUUGGCUCCCUGGUGAAGGUUGGCCCUGGAUGGGGGUGGAGGGGUUGUCUUGGCUUUCUUGGGACUGAUACCCAGGGCAGAAGAGAAGCCACCAGUUGGUGAGGGGGAGGUGAAAGGUGAAAGGCCAAAGGUUAUGUGGGAGGAGCAUCCUGGCCACAUUCAGCAUCACUGGACACUUGCUUGGCAAAAUCAGCAAGGAAGGCAGCUGGUUAACUGUGAUGGUUUGGUGGAAAACAGAGGACAGAAUGUCCAUCACUGCAUUCAGACCCCAGCUGCAGCUCUGUAUGUGCCUCCUUGAGCCCAUCACCCUAAGGGAGGCCCCUGAACAUGGAGGUGGAGAAAGCCCAGUGCCCUCUGGGUGGUGGGAAGUGCACACUCUCCUGGGCCCCAAGGCACAAGAGUGUGAGCAGCACCUUGUCAUGUCCUUACCCGGGAGGCAGCCUGGGAGUGGGCCUGAGGACUCAUUCCCCAUGGUCAGCAAGAAUGAGUGGUCACUAGUUGCUAUGUGAAGCAGGCACAGAUGACCAAAGCCAAUGGUGAGGACUGCCUUAGGGACUGGAGAGCACAGCCGACAGGGCAGCCCCUGUGCCAUGAGGCCAUCACUACCGUGCAAGAGAGGAGCAGUAAGCUCUCCUGAGCCACCCACUGCUUCUGCUUGCCAGAAUUCAUGGACUGUCCUUAUAAGAAGGUCUCUAGACCCUACAGAACAUGGCAGAGGCUGCCCUCUAGCCCCUCACCCAUGCAAACCUCUGCAGCCACUUCACUACCUCUCACAGGUCUUUUGGGCACAGCAACAGCUCAAUCUGUUUAACUAGUAGGGCUGGGUGGUCAGGCCACUGGGGGAGACCUCAGAUGGCAGGAACUUCCUGGACAAGCUCCCCCUUGGCACUCUUUGGGGUAUGCCUUUGGGAGGAUGUGCGCAUCUCUGUACUUAGGGGAGUCCCUCCUUUGAGGAGGAAGUUUGAGAUGAAAGGAGACACCCUCUGGUUCCCUCAGCACCUGUCUCACUGAUGGUGAUCACCAGCCCCUCUCAGGCUCCUUACAUAUUUGCCACUGGUAUGUAGAUGGAGGCUUUCUGCAAUCUAAACAAUUUUAUUCCUUUAUUUUUAAAGCUGUUUCUUCCCCCAAAUGGGGACAACUCUAUUACUGCUGCUUUUUAAUUUAUUCCACAAAAAUUAUACUGAAAUAACCUGAAUCAGUCACAUAUGUACCUGCUGGGGCUCGUGCCCACACAGCUGGGGUCUCCCACGGGAGCAGCCAGAUUCCCUUCAUCAGGUAGGCAGGAACCCCAGGUGGAAGGCAAGAGCGACAGAAGAGGGCCUUGUGUCACAUCACUCCUAUAGUCACUUCCUUGCCAUGUCUUGGCACAAGGACAGUCUGUUGUCUGUGGCCAUUAGCUCCCGUUAGAGGGUGUGUGGGUUUGCUCCUGAGGCUGUGACCUACAAGCUGUGUGGCACGUGCCCUGCCUACAUCCCAUGGGUUCUCUGCGUGCAGCGCAGAUUCCUAGACGGGAGUUGCCAGGGAUCCCUCGGCCGGCAACUUGUAAGUGCGACACAUGUGUUGUCUGCAGGGGAGGCAGGUCGAACAGGAAGCCAGCUCCUCAAGGCUCUCUUGUCUGUACCCCCAACCCUAUAUAUUCUUGGGGCCCCUUUGUUCUCUCUCCCUGCAGCUGAUUGCUAUCUACUGAUGCCUCCAAGGACAUGACCACAGGACAUUUUAUCUUGAGGGAAGGUCAGAAAGAUCUUUGGCGCUAGUGCUGUUAAGUCUCACAUGUCACACCAAGUUGAAGACUCAGAGGUAACAUUCUUACCUGGGAAACUUGCAAAAGGCAGAAGACAGGUUUGGGGCAGAUGCUGGACUGCAGCCAUAUGUGGCCUUUUAGAAGCUAACGCUGUGUACUUAUGGUCUCUAAGUCCACUUAGGAUUUAUUUGCCAGGCAUCAGUCUUGAGCGUGAUUCAGAAGGUGGCAAAGAGGCCAGUGGGGGAGUGAAUGGAACAAGUAUUCUGUGGGGCAGUCCUGGAGGUGGCAGACGGGCAGGUCUCCAUUAAGUAAAGAUGGCUUCACUGGCUAGUGUUUGAACUCCAGGAAGUAGACUUUGAUUGAAAGCUAAUUUUUCAGUGUGCCCCUUUCAAAGGAUUACUUGAUUCAAAGUGUCUCCUUUCAAAUAUCUUAAAAGUAGUAAGACUGAGUCAUAGUGGGCAGAGGCAAUUAUUGUGAAGCUCUGCCCUCCCUAGCCCUUGUCCAUUCUGGGGAACUUGAACCUACCAGAAUUCUCACCUCUAUAAGCCUGCAUGGCAGGGAGUCUCUUCAAGAAUUUAUAUUUGAAGUGUUCUAGUCAACAGCAUGUUUUACUAAGAAACUUUAAAGCUACUUCCUAGAACGUGGAUGAUAGCAGUGCCCCAGAGGGCCCAGGUACUGAAACUGGUUGUCUGAGGUGUCAACUUUCUCUCCAGCCCAUCCCCACUGCCCCUUCCUGAUGCAGUCCAGGUGAAGAACCUGGGCAGGUGGGCAGGUGUGCAUUGGUGGUUUUCAGAAGCUGUACUGCAGAGAUGAGGCUGCAGCCCUAUGGGGCUCCUGCUUCUGUGGAACCUCAUGGACCUCAGUAGCUUUACCUGUUAUUCUCCAUCAAUCUCUAACGUCUUUGCUUCAGCUCAAUGCUGUAUUCAAGGCAUAGUAGAUUUCAACUCCACACAAAAUAACAAGGCCCAUUUUAAAAUCCUAGGUGGCCAGUUCCUGCUACACCAAAUGCCAGGGUUGUUACAGUUGAGCUGUUUCUGGAGGCCCAGAGCAGACAUCAGCUUGCUAGCUCCCUUGCACACCCUGCCUGCCCCUUCUGGCAUGCCCUGAGCCCAGCAUCACAGGUGGGUUGGCAUCUUCUGCUGCUCCAGUCUGUACCUGCAUAGCUGUUGGCAUUGGGGGAUGGUGUGCAAAGCCUCUGGAGGGACCAAGCCCCCAGGGCAGGCAGGCAGAUAUCUUCCAUCCUGUAUCUUCCUACCUCCCUGAAAAGCUCAGAAGAAAGUGCCUUGGUUUGUACUUUGAAACAAACCAGCCAGCUUUUUGGCUUUGUUCGAAUACUGUGAUUAAAACGAGUCUUUAAAAAGAAACGUACUAAAAGGAAAAGCCUCAAAUUUUUGCUUCUGGCUGGAAAGCAAAACCAACCUCAGCUGAUAAGGCUGGGUAAAGUAAGUUCUCCUGAGCCCAUUCUCCUUCCAGCACUGGCCUGAUCUGGGCUUCUAUGAUUAAGGUUUGGUUGCACCUGUGGGAAGGAGGUGGCAGGCAUGGAUGUGGGGAGGGCUUGGGUACCACAGCAAAUCACCCUGCUGUUUUGGGGUCAGCUUCCUGGGGGCUAUGCAUAGUGGGUCCUGGAGAUGUCUAUCAGGUCUUCAGCUGGGGAGGAGUCAUGCCCUAAACUUUUAAGACCGUGGGUAGCAUAUCAACUCCCAGUGGAGGCAGAGAUGCAGGGACUGGCCUGUUACCCACACCUGAUAGACUGUAUAGCAGCUGUCCCCACGCAAGCCUGGAUCCCAGGUUGCAGGGGCUGCUACUUGAAUGGUGGGACCACAGGGUGUCUAACCCAGGCUGUCCAGCACUGGACAGUGGGAGUCAACAGGUUGGAUCAAGGUAAAUGCCACCCUCAAAGUUGUAGUGAAAGCAUAGUCUGUGAUUAAUUCAUAUUUGUUAUUUUUAAAAGAGCUAUUUUAUUACUGCAUGUUCCUGUUCCUGUCUGUGGCCACUGAAUCCCAACCCCCAUGUGAGCUGCUGUCGCAGUGGCUGGUGCAAGAGUGCAGCUGGCGCGUGUGUGGUGGUGUCUCGUAGGUGCAGCUGCACAGGGGCUGACCAGAGUCAAUGCCAAACAUAUAGUAUGAGAACUGUGUACUUUUUAAGAAAUUAAUUUAUUUGAGUUCAGAUAUUUUUGGAAUAUAAAAAUUGGUUGUAUUUUUUAAAGCUAUAAUUCUUGUAGACAUUCUGUGGUUAAAAAUUUGUGCUUAUUAAAAAUGGUCACCUAUGUUUUGCACUUCAGCUACGUGAAAAAUAAAGUUUCUUUAGGAAGGUGA